AUGCACAAGAUAUCCAACUUUACGGGCCAGGCCCGUCAUGGUUGGGAACGAAUGACUCCAACCUUCGGGAUGUCUAGGCCUCACACCGACAUGGCCUUUCGUCGACCAAAUGGUGCUCCCCCGAUGACACCUCCCUCCAGUAUCGAUCCUACCGUCAACCUUGCCUUUAACGUUCCAUUCUCCUCAACUUUGGCCGGUCCCGACGUUGACGAUGUCAUCCAUGCCAGCCCCGCCGCCCUACAACGUUGGACCUUUCCAGAAGGCACAUUAGAGGGAACCCCAGUCCAUCAGUUACCAGUACACACCAACAACGUCGAAGGUUUGCGAAGGCUAUGUCGCCAGAUUACCGAAACGAGUGGAGGACGUAUCGAAGCCACAGUAACUUCCUUGGAACCAAAGGCCGUGCCAUCGCCACAAAGACGCCCAAACGGCUUGGUGACAAAUGUGUGUGUCACAGGUGAUGGAGAGACUGUGCGCAAGAUGCGAUCCAAAAUAUUGAAUGAGACACCGAUAAUGCUGCAAUGUGCCACCGUCGAUGUCGAUAUGCAUUUAAUCAUGGAUGGAUCGCCAAAGGGGAUUCGCGCGAGCGUUCUCGAACACAUGGACACGUUGGCUGCCUACACCGGUACUGACAUCUUCCUGCUAACGCCUAAACUCCACGAUGCAGACAGCGCCGUGGUUUCUUCCUAUGGCUAUGCAUCGGACAAUGGCUUGGAGCAACGCUUCCGAGUCGCUAUUUAUGGCGACAUGGAAAGCUCUGAACACGCCAAGACCCGGGUCCUGAUCAUGAUCGAUCAAAUUCUUAAACGCCACGUCGAUGCCAUCAAACUCGAGUUGACCAUGCACACUUUGGUCUGUGGUCGCACGCGCAAAAACAUCAAGCUCAUCGAAGCAGCUACCGGCACCGCUAUUUACUUCCCCCCUCCUUUCCCUCGAAUUUUUGGCUAUACCCCACCUGGCGCAAAUCGACGAAGUGAAGACGAAGUCUACAUAACCGGCGAAACACCUGAGCAGAUUGCUCGCGCCAAGCAGAAGCUUCGGGAGUUAGUAUUGGGUGUCAAGAUCUACGUCAAGGAUGUCAUGGUGAACGCAAGCAAGAUCGAUAACAUUCUGCUUGAUCGCUUAGAUAAGGUCCGCAAGGUCAUGGAGAUGAACGGCUCCUACGUUCUUUUCCCGCAGCUGGGUAGCCAACGUGCUAUGGUCAGGAUUCAAGGCACUGAGGUUCUUCAUGUUGAGCGGACUGUUCGGGAAAUUAUGGCUUUGGCCGGUCAAUUCUACAGUGCUUCGUGGUGGAUAAUCAUGCCUGACCCCGCCCAGGGUGGCCUUCGAUCUCCUUCGGCAGCUGACGUUCGUUCCAUGCUCUCCGAUAUCUGCACCAAUUCGGAAGCAGAGGUCAGCUUUGACAAUCUGACCUUCACAAUCAACGGCUCCGACGAUGCCGUCAAGGCCGCCAUGACUGUUGUCAACCAAAUUCCGUUCGUGACCCGAAGUCAAUACCAGAUGCGCGUCAAGAUCGAGCUUGCCAACGAGCACAAGGAGUUCGUGAGUGGAAAGAAGAACGGAAAGAUCAACAAGAUCAUGGGCCAAAGCAAUGUUCAAAUCAUCUUCGACGGCUUUAACGAGUACAACUUUUAUAUCGAUGUGUGCGGGAACCAAUACGAGUCUACGAAGAAUGGCCUUGACUUGGUGGAGCAGGAGAUGCCUGCAUCUAUCUCAUUCCACGUUCCAGACCAAUAUCACAAGCGGAUCAUUGGAAUCGGUGGACAGCACAUCCAACGCAUCAUGAAGAAAUACUCUGUCUUCGUCAAGUUCUCCAACGCAAUGGAUCGUGGUGGCAUGGGCAAGGAAGAUGAUGAUAUAAAGGUGGAUAAUGUCAUCUGUCGCACACCCGCUCGCAACGCUCAGAGCUUGGAUCUUGUGAAGCAGGAGAUUAUGGACAUGGUCGAGAAAGUCGACGCCGAGUAUGUCUCGGAGAGAGUCGUCAUCAACCGACUGUACCACCGCGAACUGUUGGCUCGUAUCACGGAGAUCGACGAACUUGAGAAAAAAUGGAAUUGCAAGAUCGAAUUUCCCAGCACAGAGCUUGCUAGUGACGUUGUGGCCAUAUCCGGCCCCGAGUACCAAGUUCCCCAAGCCGUUGACGCUCUGCUGGGCAUGGUGCCGGAAAGUCAUGAGCUUCACUUCCAGAGCUCUGCCGAGCUGCGGGGAUACUUCAAAUCUCCAGACUUCCUCACGGAUGUUCGAACCAAACUCAAGGAGCAGUACGAGGUUGACAUCAACGUUGACACUAGCGCUGAUCUUCCAGGCCAAGAGGAUGAAUUAUCUUCUUCGCCUGAACCCGCUCCUGAGGAUCUCGUGGUGCUUGGCUACACUCGAAACAAUGCCGGUGGGCUGAAGGAUGCUAUCGACUUCUUGAUUUCUCGUUUGGUUGCCCAUGGGUUGGAUGCAAACACCGUCAAGGGUGCGAUCCCUCGCCCUAAGUCGGACUCGUUCGAGGAAUCCCUGCCCUUCUUUGACUCCAAGUUGUUGCAGCAUGCUCCAGCACCGUUAUUGACUGAUUCUCCCACCCGACCAAGCUUCGUCGAUGAGACCAGCGAUCGUGGCUCGAUCUUCGAGAGACUUCGCAAGCCCGGUAGUAUCUCAUCUUUCUCCUCGUUCAUUGGUCGCAAGAACCACUCGGCUUCCCCAGCAUCUUUCUUCAAGCAUGCGUCCAGCAAUGCCUCCAAAGCAUCGCUGGUUUCUAUGGAAUCCCGAGACAGUGGCUACCGUAACCCAUGGAACGACUCCGGCGUCAACCUCCCCGAGGAUGACAUGCCUGUUCUAGGGAGCUCGCAUAGCCACAAGAGCAGCAGCAGCAUCGGCUGGCCUGCCCGUUUUGAUGCCAAGUUUCCCUUCGGCACGGCGCCUGGUGACAUGACUCCCAAGCACGACCCCCGUGCCUCUUUUGAUAGUGGUCGCCCUAGCACUUCAAAUUCUACUUCUGGAUACCCGGCCCCAAUCGGGCCACCGCGUUAA